UCCGGGUGCUGCACUUCCGGUCAGGCGGUCGGGCUGCGCGGCCCCGGGGCCAGCUCACCGCCGGAAGCCUCCGCGUCCCCGCCGGCCAUAUCCCGUUCCCGAUCCUGCUUCCCAGUGCCUCGGGCCUCCCGGGGCUGGUGCUGGGCGCUGAGCCAGCGGAGCCCGCGGAACCCGCUUCCCGCCUCCACGCGACAGCGCUAGCGGCCUGGUACCUUCACUGGCGGCUCGGUGCUGUCGCCCUCACCGCUCUUCCUAUCGCCGGGAGUGGUGGGCCGACCAGGGGGCGGCCGGGCUAGCGUCCGCCAUUCCCGUGUCUCUGCGCCCGCGGGGGCCGCCCGAGCCGGCCACCAUGCCGCUGGGCCUGAAGCCCACCUGCAGCGUAUGCAAGACCACGUCGUCCUCCAUGUGGAAGAAGGGCGCGCAGGGGGAGAUCCUCUGCCAUCAUUGCACUGGCCGGGGCGGCGCGGGCAGCGGGGGCGCAGGCUCCGGGGCGGCUGGAGGGACUGGGGGCAGCAGCGGCGGCUUCGGCGCGGCGACCUUCGCCAGCACCUCCGCCACUCCUCCGCAGAGCAACGGGGGCGGGGGCGGCAAGCAGAGUAAGCAGGAAAUUCACCGGAGGUCUGCUCGGCUCAGAAACACUAAAUACAAAUCUACUCCGGCUGCUGAGAAGAAAGUUUCCACCAAAGGAAAAGGGAGAAGACAUAUAUUUAAAUUGAAAAAUCCCAUCAAAGCUCCUGAGUCGGUUUCCACUAUAAUCACGGCAGAAUCAAUCUUCUACAAGGGAGUAUAUUACCAAAUUGGUGAUGUUGUUUCUGUGAUUGAUGAACAAGAUGGAAAGCCCUACUACGCUCAAAUCAGAGGUUUUAUCCAGGACCAGUAUUGCGAGAAGAGUGCAGCACUGACGUGGCUCAUUCCUACCCUCUCUAGCCCCAGAGACCAAUUUGAUCCCGCCUCCUAUAUCAUAGGGCCAGAGGAAGAUCUUCCAAGGAAGAUGGAAUACUUGGAAUUUGUUUGUCAUGCACCUUCUGAGUAUUUCAAGUCACGGUCAUCACCAUUUCCCACAGUUCCCACCAGACCAGAGAAGGGCUACAUAUGGACUCAUGUUGGGCCUACUCCUGCAAUAACAAUUAAGGAAACAGUUGCCAACCAUUUGUAGUUCACAAAUUAAAACUGGAUUUCCAGGCCUGGUGUGGUGGCUCAGUCCUGUAGUCCCAGCUAUUGCACCACUGUUCUCUAGGCUGGGCCAUGAAGCAAAAGCUGUAAUUUCCAGAGAGACCAUUAGGAACAGGUAGUAUCUAUUUUUCUCCAUUAUUUAUUUCUAGAAACUCAUAAAAUGGACAUUUUAUAUUUUUCUAUAAGAACAAAGUAUUAAUUAAGGUAUAGAUGACUGACCAAGGGUUUAAUCAAAUAAAAUGACUUAACAGUAUCUAUCAUAAAGCCACACAAGCCUUAUGUUCUCAUCUCAAAAAUGCUGUGACAGCUUUUUGGCUGCUUUAACCAUAAGAAAAGUGAUUGGUGGAUGAUUUUACUAGCCCAGGCUUUUAAAAACUUUCAUCUAGGCUAGGCGCAGUGGCUCACGCCUGUAAUCCCAGCACUUUGGGAGGCCUGAGUGGAUGGAUCACUUGAGGUCAGGAGUUCAGGACCAACCCGGCCAACAUGAUGAAACCCUGUCUCUACUAAAAAUAGAAAAAUUAGUUGGGUGUUAUGGUGCAGGCCUGUAAUCCCAGCUAGUCGGGAGGCUGAGGCAGGAGAAUUGCUUGAACUCGGGAGGUGGAGGUUGCGGUAAGCCGAGAUUGCGCCACUGCACUCCAGCCUGGGUGAUAGCGCAAGACUCUGUCUCAAAAAAAAAAAAGAAAGAAAAACUUGAAUUUAAUCCUUCUGUAGCAAACAGGCAUUCAGAACCAUUCCAUUGAUCUUAAUAAAGCUGCUCUUUACUGUUUCUAGUCAAAAACAAGACUUCCGAUCAAACCAUAAGAUUUUAUACUACAGAUAGUCAGCUUCACCAAAGCCACAGAGGAAACAUGUUGAGAUCAGGCAUCCCGCUUGAUAGUUUCUUGACUACCAUUAAAAUGAAGAUUGGGAAGUCAUGAAAGUCAUUGGUAGGCCAUUAGCAUUGAUAUCUUGAAAACGUCUACCCUAAACCAUCUGCUGUGGACCCGUAAUAAGAGGCCUAUUGUAUAUGAAAUUGUCUAGAAUUCAGGUACAGGUCUUUGCCAGUUAAGUAAGGGAACAACAUGUAAAAUGGGGGAGGAGUGGGUGCACUCACUUGCCUCCGCUUCUGUCCUGAUUUAACCAGCAUUUUUCAACCCUGGGAAAAUUUGCAGAAUCUAAGUUGAUUGUAAUGAUUUUGAACUGCAGCGGCUUUAACUCUUACCGUUUUCCCACAUAGUUAUGGUUUGUGAGUUGGAAAGAAACAACUGUAGGUAGCUACACGUACAUAAUGAUCUCUUUAUUCACAAAGGUUAUAGUAAAAUUGAUUGUAAAUGACUUUCUAAGUGCUAAUAUUCAAAACUUUUGGAUUAAAAUGUAUUUUUCACAGUGUAUUUACUUUGGAUGUAUUUAUUUCAUUUAAACAAUUUAAAUGGGGCUAUGUAACCAAAAAUGGUGUUUAAAACCAAAACAGUAUAGUACUUAGAAUUUGGAGUAGAGGCCAGGCACAGUGGCUCACGCUUGUAAUCCCAGCACUUUGGAAGGCCAAGGCAGGAGGAUCGCCUGAGGUCAGGAGCUUGAGACCAGCCUGGUCAACAUGGUGAAACCCAGUCUCUACUAAAAAUACAAAAAUUAGCCAGGCGUGGUGGCGUGCGCCUAUAAUCCCGGCUAGUCUACUCGGGAGACUGAGGCAGGAGAAUCACUGGAACUCGGGAGACAGAGGCUGCAGUGAGCUGAGAUCACGCCACUGCACUCCAGCCUGGGCGACAGGGCAUGAAUCCAUCUGAAAAAGAAAAAAGAAUUUGGAGUAGAUAGAUUCAUCAUUAAUAAGUAAUAGAUUUUGGGAAAAUCAAGAAAUGGCUAAUAUGAACACAGUGUAAAAUAUUAAAAUGUAGACUUUUAAAAAUCUAUAAAUUGACCAUCUGUUUAUAAAUUGGUAGAUGGUUGUGUACCAUCUUUUAAAAUAAAGAUUGAAUUUUCACCCAGUGCAAUGGUUCCCAUUGCUUACGUUUCUCUGCUGAGGCCGAACCUGAUAUGGCCCUGGUCUGUGUUCCCAGCCCUGUCUCCUCAUUACCACUAAAAUGUUUCCCCCAUAUACCCGCCUAAUUUUUCUGGCUCUGAGCCCUUGUUCGUACUGUUCUGUCCAAUUCUACCUUCCAAAGACCUUUCUUAAUGCCUUCAGAUUCUUUCUUUGAGACCUUUUCAGAUUCCCAUGGCUUUUUGAAAUCAAUCUCUAUCCUGUUGUCAUCACAUUUAAGUUUCUACUUCCAUCAUCACUCCUAUCCCUUUGUUCCUUGUAGGGCAGGGAUGCUGUGUUUUAUUUACUCAUCUCUGUAACUUCCACAUAACCUAACCCAGGUUCUUGCUUAUGGGAGAUGCUGAGUGUAGGGUCUGAAUUAGAUACUGUUAACUAAAAUGCUUGUUGAUAUUUUAGUUAUUAAUUCAUAUUAACUUUGGCUGAAACUUUUACAUUGUGAAUAGUCAAGUAAAACUUAGAUUGUUAUAUUCUGGGUUAGUAUUAGAUUGUUUUUAAGAUUAUUUUAAACAAGAUGUUUUUAAGAUGAGUUUUAAAUAGUUCUCUUAAGACAAAUAAAGCUUAACAUGAGCAUUUGAAAGAAAUUAUCCCAAACCAUUCUGGUUCCUGGCUGUGAAAGACUUUUCCAGGCCUAAUAAGUUUUCCAUUUCAGUCAUAAGUAGGUGAAAUCAAAUGAACAAUAGAGGGAAAUGUAUUUAUUUGCUUUAUACACAUGCAUGUGUGUUGUGUCUACAUAUAAAUAUUGCACAAGCUUAGAAUGAAGUUUCUGUCAUGCCCAGAAAAGGGAGAGGCAGUUUUGUGGAUUUUGUCUGGCUGCCCUGGACAUGUUUGAAGAACUGUGCUGUUUACUUCAUACCAGGUGUGUGAGCCAUACCUUUGGUAGGAGGGUGUACCUCCUACACCCAAGAAACAUAAGCCAGGAGAAGGUCUGUUGCAAGGAGAAGGAACCCAAAUGACCCACAAGAGGUGGGCCAUUAAUUAUUGGGUCAGAUGCACAAAUGCACAGUAAUUUAUUUAAACACCUCUUAAUGGUGACCCACGAGGAAGAUUGCUAGUAAUAACGGAAAGGUUCACAAUAAAUAAGAGAAAAAAAGGCAGAAUGUAGAACUGUAUGAUAGCAAUUCUGCAAACAAGAAGCAUCUUUUAUAAAAGAUGGAAGGAGCCCAGGCACAGUAGCUCAUGCCUGUAAUCCCAGCACUUUAGGAGACUGAGGUGGAGGAUCACUUGAGCUGCAGUGACCCAUGAUCGUGCCACCACUCCAGCCUGGGUGAUAGAAGUGAGACCUUGUCUCAAAACAAAGACAGAAAUGCCUCCAGAAUUUUAACAUGUCAACAGAGGUUUUCUACAGCUACUUUUUUCAGCUUUAUACUUUGCAGUAUUUUCCAAAUUUUCUCUAACAAGCAGUAUUUUCCAACUUUUUUACAAUAAGCACACACACACACACACACGUUUGUUUGCAUACUGCCCAACUGGUGGUGAACAACCACUGGCUUUUAGUCUAUAUAUAUCUGGAAUAUUUUAUAAAUAGUAGUUCUUAAACCCUUGAAAGGGAGAUGAAUGACCAGCUGAGGAAAUAAAGUCAGUGAUUUCGUUAUUUUCCUAUAUUCACAUCAUGCUUCUAGGGAAGAACUCGGGAGUGACUUCCUUCAGCUUCAGCCACUCCUGGGCCAGGUGCAUGCUUAGCUGUGUGGUAAAGGUCACCAGCGUCUUCUGCAGAGUGCCUGUGUCAUCUGAAUUGGAGGUUUGGCGAGGGUAAGAGACUAAUGUAGCUUCAAGUUUUUCUUUCCUGUCCUCCACUUGAAAUCUGUCUUCCCUUCCAGACUGCCUGCCCUGCUGACUUAAGGACCUGACACCAAACACAGAAGCAACAGCUUUACACAGAGCUUUCAGCAAGCUCCCACAAUUGUAUAAGUGGCCCGAGCUGACAGAGAUGGAUAGAAACAACACAAGGACCCAUCAGCAGAUGAGUGGAUGAUCAAAACGUGAACUGCAUAAUGACGACUGCACAAGAUACCAAAUCAGAAGAGGUUCCAUUUCCAAGUUCUGAUUCAUAAGAGCUUCCAAAGUAGAGCCGGUACAUAUUGAAUUUUGAUUCAUCUGGAAGGAUCUCGGACAUCUCUAAGGAAACAAGGGACUGAUCUAAGCCACAUUCUCCAUCUCCAGCUGAAUCGUCAGAGCCACUGCUAUGGUUAAGAAAGACCAUUGAAGACAGACUUAGGUCACUAUCAGAGCUGGAACUUCCAUCCUAAAAUACACAAAAGGACAACCAGUUUAAAGACGUAAACAAUUUUAGUCUCAGAAAUAAAUAAUAACAUAGCAUUCUAUUAGAGCAAUACAGGAAACUUAGAAGCAUUUUUCAAAAAACUCAUUCUCUAAUGGUUUUGAGGCACAUGGUAAAAAUUUAAGUAUUAAAAUAUAAAAAUAACAGAAUGUGUAGAUAAUUUACCAACCAUCCCCCAAAAAAGUCUGUAAUGAAGCUAAGACUCAGACCUCUGGGCUUUAUUUUUAUGUCUCUGACAUUCCAUUCAUACUUUUCUACUCGAAAAUGAUGAAUCAACAUGUUAUAGAGUGCUUUCUCAUUAUAGAGAGCUCUACAAAUACACAUCUUUCUGGUAGUAAAGGGAGAGGGGAGAACUUCAAUGGCUUGCCAAAAUAGCAAAAACUUAGGGAGUAUCUGAUUUAGAAACUGUAGGCUCUGUAGACAUUCCAACCAAAUGUGGUAAAGAAGAGUAAUAGAAUAAUCCUUCCUAGAAAAUAUAUGGUAAAGUCUACAAUGUAACAGUUCAAAUAUCUACUGUAAAUAUUAAAAUCAUAAUACUAUCUUUAGAGAAAAGGCUGAUGCUAGGGUUGGGAUACAGACAGUACAAGAUAAACCAAGAAUAUUUUUCUUUUUGGGGGGGCAGGGUCUCACUCUGUCAUCCAUGCUGGAGUGCAGUGGCACAAUCAUGGCUCACUGCAUCCUGGACUUCCUCAAGUGAUCCUCCUGCCUCAGCCUCUCCCGAGUAGCUAGGACUACAGGUGUGCACUACCAUGGCCAGCUGAUUUUUAAAUUUUUCGUAGAGACAAGUCCCACUCUGUUGUCCAUAAUGGGUAUAGUUUGUGUAACCAUAGUUUGGUCUCAAACUAGGCUCAAAUGAUCCUCCUGCCUUGGCCUGCCAAAGUGCUGGGAUUACAGACGUGAGCCACUGCACCUGGCCAAGAAUAACUUACUGUAUCUGGAAGUGAGGAAGUGAUUCAAGAAUGAUGAGGACAUGUCAUAAAGAUAUAGGAGCCAUACAAAAGGGGCUCCUAUUGGCCAGAUUGGGACAAUUUGAGCUUCAAAACAACAGCUUUAACUAAUUAUUUUUUAGAAGUUAAAGUACAAAAAAACUAAAAACUCUAAUUAUUUUUCUGUUUGUAGUAUUUAAUUCAUGGUAUCCUAAUUUAAAUAAUAUCCUUGCAAACACCAACAUGUUUUUGCCAAUAUUACGGUAAUGUUAAAGAAACAGACACCAAACUCUUCAUAAUUAUAAAUUCUCUGCAAAACCCACAUUCCAACUAUGGAACAUUCAACUAAAGGUAAACUUAUACUUCUAUACAGUUUUACCAAAGUUGUUUAAAAAAUAGCAUUUUUUUAAGGUUGAAAUUUUGACAUUGUACUUAUCAUUCAUAAAAUGUCAUAACAACUUCCUCGUAUAACUUGCCUGGAGUCCACUUGAGAGCAGCAUUCCAUGUAAGGCCUCCAAUUGGGCAUUGUAAAGUAAAGCUUUCAGAUCAGCUCCAGUAAAGGAGUCGGUUACAGAUGCUACAUGCUGAAGGUCAACAUCAUCUGCCAGAGGUAGAGAGUCACUGAGGACAUUUAAAAUUUCAAGACGUGACACCUGAAGAGAGAAAAAUUUAUUUAACAAAU